AGCGGUGUUGACAAUAGGCUGAAGAGAACCAGCCCCGGACCACACCGAGGAAAACACCUGAAUCCUGGGUCUCAGGGGCCGAGCAGCUCGCACAGCAGCACCGGGACGUGAAGCGUCUCUCCCCCGCCCUGUGCGCUGGUUAAUGGACGUUUGAGGAUUAUUCCGUCGGAAGGAUUCGGCUGCUUCAGGCCAGACUUCCCUCCUGCUGCCCGGCCGCUGCUCCGGGAGAAGCUGUCCGCACCGAGGAGCUGGAGGAAGCGACCCCGUAGCCCGAUAGAUUCCCCCCGGAACACAGGAUCGCUCCCCGCCGCCGUCUCCGUCGCGACCCCGCAGAGGAUCCAGCAGGGCUAUGUCCUCGGCAGCCACCACAUCUCCAUCUGUGGACAAAGUGGACGGAUUUUCCCGGAAGUCUGUCAGGAAGGCCAAGCAGAAGCGGUCGCAGAGCUCGUCCCAGUUCCGCUCUCAGGGCAAACCCAUCGAGCUCACGCCCUUGCCACUGCUCAAGGACGUGCCAGCGCCGGAGCAGCCCGAGCUGUUCCUGAAGAAGCUGCAGCAGUGCUGUACUGUCUUUGACUUCAUGGACACGCUGUCGGACCUCAAGAUGAAGGAGUACAAGCGCUCCACGCUCAACGAGCUGGUGGACUACGUGACCGUCAGCCGGGGCUACCUGACGGAGCAGGCCUACCCGGACGUCGUCAAAAUGGUGUCUCACAACAUAUUCCGGACCCUUCCGCCCAGCGACAGUAACGAGUUUGACCCGGAGGAGGACGAGCCCACGCUCGAGGCCUCCUGGCCACACUUACAGUUGGUUUACGAGUUCUUCAUCCGGUUCUUGGAGAGUCAGGAAUUCCAGCCCAGCAUUGCCAAAAAGUACAUAGACCAGAAGUUUGUCCUACAGCUCUUGGAGUUGUUUGACAGCGAGGAUCCUCGGGAGAGAGACUACCUGAAGACAGUCUUGCAUAGAAUCUACGGCAAAUUCCUGGGGCUGAGGGCUUUUAUACGAAAACAGAUCAAUAAUAUUUUUCUACGUUUUGUUUAUGAGACGGAGCACUUCAACGGGGUGGCUGAGUUGCUGGAGAUCCUGGGGAGUAUAAUCAAUGGCUUCGCUCUGCCACUGAAAGCAGAACAUAAACAGUUUCUGGUCAAAGUGUUGAUCCCCCUCCACACUGUCAGGAGUCUGUCCCUCUUCCACGCACAGUUGGCGUAUUGCAUUGUACAGUUCCUAGAGAAAGACCCAACAUUAACAGAACCAGUCAUCAGAGGCUUACUGAAGUUCUGGCCGAAAACCUGCAGUCAAAAAGAGGUGAUGUUUCUAGGGGAACUGGAGGAGAUCCUGGACGUCAUCGAACCAACACAGUUCGUGAAGAUCCAGGAGCCGCUCUUCAAGCAGAUCUCCAGAUGUGUCUCCAGCCCACACUUCCAGGUGGCCGAGCGAGCUCUGUACUACUGGAACAACGAGUACAUCAUGAGUCUGAUCGAGGAGAACUCCAGCGUCAUCCUGCCCAUCAUGUUCGCCAGCCUCUACAGGAUCUCCAAAGAGCACUGGAACCCGGCGAUCGUAGCGCUGGUGUACAACGUCCUGAAGGCCUUCAUGGAGAUGAACAGUACUUUAUUUGAUGAACUCACAGCCACUUACAAGUCGGACCGCCAGCGUGAGAAGAAGAAGGAGAAGGAGCGGGAGGAGCUGUGGAAGAAGCUGGAGGACUUGGAGCUGAAGCGCGGCCUUAGGAGCGACGGGAUCAUCCCGACUUAACGAAGACAGCGCCGCG